AUGGCUACUUGGAGGCGGGACAGCCGGCUGACAGGCAGCCAAAGGCUGCUGUGCGCCGGGUUGGCAGGGGCGCUUAGCCUCAGCCUCACUGCUCCCCUGGAGCUCGCCACUGUGCUGGCCCAGGUCGGCGCCAUUCGUGGCCACGCCCGGGGACCCUGGGCCACAGGACUCCAGGUGUGUCAGGCCGAGGGGCGGCGGGCCCUCUGGAAGGGGAAUGGGGUGGCAUGCCUGCGCCUCUUCCCCUGCAGCGCUAUACAGCUGGCCGCCUACCGCAAGUUUGUCAUGCUGUUCACAGAUGACUUGGGCCACAUUUCCCAGUGGAGUGCCAUUGUGGCUGGGAGUCUCGCAGGCAUGGUCUCCACCAUUGUGACAUAUCCCUCAGACCUCAUCAGAACUCGGUUGAUUGUACAGAACAUGCUGGAACCAUCUUAUAAAGGCAUCCUCCAUGCUUUCUCUACUAUUUACCAACAGGAAGGGUUCCUGGCCCUCUAUCGAGGAGUUUCCCUCACUAUUUUAGGUGCUCUCCCAUUCUCUGCUGGCUCCCUCCUGGUUUACAUGAACCUAGAGAAAAUCUGGAAUGGCCCCCAAGAUCGCUUCUCUGCCCUCCAGCACUUUGCCAAUGUCUGUCUGGCCGCUGCCGUGACUCAGACCAUGUCUUUUCCCUUUGACACGGUGAAGAGAAAGAUGCAGGCUCACAGCCCCUAUCUUCCCCAUUGCGGAGGCGUAGAUGUUCACUUCUCAGGAGCAAUGGACUGCUUCUGGCAGAUUAUCAAGACCCAGGGGAUGCUGGGGCUCUGGAAUGGACUAACUGCCAAUUUACUGAAGAUAGUUCCAUAUUUUGGCAUUAUGUUUACAACCUUUGAGUUCUGCAAGAGAAUCUGUCUUUACCAGAAUGGUUACAUUGUGUCUCCUCUGAGCUAUAAAUUGAUCCCUGGAGUCGAUCAGAGUCUCAAGCCCCAGGAAUUAAGAGAAUUCAAGAAGUUCUUAAAAACUGAGAAACUAAAGUCUAAAAAACCAACCCUGUAA